CACGUUAAACCCUAACCCGAUUGGGGCACCCAGAAGGUUUGGGGCACCCCUAACCAAAGGGGGAUGCACCCGUAUCAAAUGCCGUCUAUUAUAAGAGACUACAUCGCACCGGUGUCUGAGACUAUUUUAGCAAAGUAGUCUUGGACACUGAAUCAACCGCUCUUAUUCUCCCUCGAAGCAACUGUACCGACUGCGGCAAACACUCACUCUUUGACCCAUCCAAAUCCACCUCAUUUUCCCCCCAACCUGCACUUUUUCAACCCAUAGAGUACAGCACUGGUGCAGACACUGUCCCGCUCAACCAAACCGGCCGGGCAGAAUGCGAAGUCGUCACCGACACCAUCUCGAUACAGGGUCUUUCUGCCCCCAAACAGGAGUUCAUGCUUUGCCAUAGCUACGGCGAGGCCCUGUCCUCCCAACUCGCCGACGGAAUCCUCGGCAUUGGUUUCAAUGACAUCUCGGCUUGGGAUGAAAACGGGAACUUUACCUAUCUUCCCUUUCUCCCCAACCUCAUCAGUGAGGGACAGCUCCCAAACAGAAUCGUUGGCCUUGCCCUCGGGUCUGGUGGUAAGAAGCACCAACAGCGCGGCCCCGAAGCCUCCAUCGGGGGCGCCGACUGUGCGCGCUAUCGCGGCCGCAUCAAGAACGUCAACGUCGAUGAAACGCUCACCACUCUCUCGGGUACGUUCAUAGUAGACGUACAAGCUGCCUACAUCGGCUCCGGAAAUAACAAGCAAGUGUGGCGCAACUCAACCAACGACAACAAGCCACUCACGCCGGGGGCCUCCCUCAUCGACUCAGGGACCGCCUACAUGUUGACUCCUGACCAACAAACAGCCGGGGAUCUCUACUCGAGCAUUUCCAAGGACAUCGUCCCCCUCGAUGAUAGGGGAUCGUGGGGUGCCAGUUGUGCUACGUUGGAUAAAGUGGCGACGGACAUUACGUUCACUAUUGGGACAGAAACCGGAGGCGAGGUGAUUGAAGUGACUCUGCCAAAGAGUGCGUUCAAUCUGGGUGAGUAUCCUGGAAAGAAGGGAGUCUGUCAAGCGGCGUUCUCCCACUCGGAUCCUCCUUUCUAUGAGCCUAUUGAGGGCCGUCCAGCGUGGGUGUUUGGAAGUCCUUUAAUCAAGGCUUAUUACACGGUUUGGAUUGCCAAGGGGGGCACGCUUGGUUGGGCUCAGAAAGCUUAAGCAAUGGAAACUGAGGCAUGGGGAUACGCGCCAUGAACAAAGAAAGAGUUGAGGCGGGCUGAGUGACGGUUGGGAGAUUGUAGUAUGUGGUGUGUUUCAUGAGAGAUUUGCAACUUCAUUCUAAUCAAGAGAUCCGUACUUGUCCACCGAAGAGGAACUUCCCGAGUCCGUUGAGCAUGAUCAGUCAGUUGUAUGUUUGAGUCAGAUUUGAGGCACAUGUCCACGCCAUUAGUUGCUCUUCUAACUUGGACUGAAGACAAGAAGUUGAAGAGGGGAAGAAAUCCCAAAAGGGAA